AUGCCGAAACCAAAGACCUUUCUCAAAGAGUCCAAGCCCAAGAAAAAGACGGCGAAGCAGGCUCCCGUAACCGCCGAUGAGUUUCUGGCCGCGGGCGUCGAGCUUGAGGAAGCCGGAGAGAAAUGGCGAGCUGGAGAUGCCGCCAAGUCGAUGCGCUUUUUCAUGCGCGCCAUUGCCAACUAUGACGACGGACUCCAGAAACACCCUGGGGCUUUUGACUUGGUUUAUAACAAGGCGAGAGUUCAAUAUGAAAUUACCCAGCACCCUAAGCUGGCCGCUCAGCUGCCAGCUCCACAGACUGAGAUCCUGCAGAUCGCAUUGCAGUCGCAUCGAGAUGCAAUCAGAUUGGAACAGGACAAUGCGGAUGCAUUGUUUAACGCGGGCCAAGUCUUGACCAGUCUGGCAGAGGCCAUGUCCGACACCAAGCAUCCAGAGAGUAAGCAGCUGAUGCAGGCAAGCACCUAUUUGCAAGAGGCGAUCGAGCUGUUCCAACGGUGUCUGGUGCUGCAGGAGAUGCGGUACUCGGAGAUGCAGGAGCAGGCCCAGGAGAUGGAAUCCGGGGAGCAAGCCCAGGAGCAAGAGCCAGCACCGCAGCCAGCGGAGCCGGCCAAGGUUAGCUCAGCCGAGGGCUCAGAGGAUGCGCAAGAGCAGUGGGCCGCUAUCGUGGAACCGGUUACCAAGAAUACCUUGGUGGACACGGCCGUGGCACAGCUGGAGACAUUGGCCACACUGUGCAAUUUGCUGACGUUCAACCCCGGUGCGGGUGGUGUCGGCUGGGUGCAGGAAUAUUCGUCAGAACUCGUACAGAGCCGGCUACCGGCCUACACUGAGGGCUCGGAUAGACACUACGAGGCAGCAUUGGCGCGCGCCAAGCUGAUCUGUGCCUUGCACGAGGUGUUGUACCGGGGUGGCCAGUCCGAUGUCCAGGUUUACCAACAUGAGGUUGGUCAAGCGUUUGGGCCAGACCUCAAUGUCGCAAAUGAUCCCGAGGGACUAUGCAGCAAAGCGGAAGCGCUCACGUCGUUGAACGGGGCGCUGAAUGACUUGCCGCCAUCUGAGGCGGAAGGAUUCAAAACCUCUCUGACAAUUCGCUGGCAAUCGCUGUCGGUUGCUCUGGACGCAUUGACUGCCGCAUCCAAACUCCCAAGCGCAGAAAACCUCCCCAAGAUUCAUAUUGCGCGAGGAGAUGCAGAGAUGCACCGAUGGCGACUGGGGACGACACCCUGGAAUUAUGCCAUGGCACAGCAGAAUGGCGCCACGCUGCUGCGGAACGCCCAAACAUAUUACCGAGGUGCGGCCGCACUGGCUCGACGUGACGGAGCGGCCGAGGAAGAACGUGACGCGUUGUGCAAGGAGGCAAUUGCGGCAGCGGUAGAGGGCCAAAAGACCAAGCUGGAACAGUUGAAGACGAAGGCUCUCCAGGAACUGGUGGCUGUGGCCCAAGACAUGGUGGAGGACGGUAUGGUAGACGGCACAGACAUGAGUGCCUUGAUUUCAUGA